ACAAUGUUAAUCAGAAUGAGAAUUGGAUUUAUGGCAGGUCCACCGGGUUCUGGAAAAGGUACCCAGUCCCCUAUCAUCAAGGACGAGUACUGUCUGUGCCAUUUGGCUACUGGUGAUAUGUUGAGAGCUUCUGUUGCAGCAAAGACUCCUCUAGGAAUCAAGGCUAAAGAAGCUAUGGACAAGGGAGAACUUGUUUCCGACGACUUGGUUGUCGGAAUAAUUGAUGAAGCCAUGAAGAAGCCUUCAUGUCAGAAGGGGUUCAUUCUUGAUGGUUUCCCAAGGACAAAGGUUCAGGCAGAAAAGCUUGAUGAGAUGCUCCAGAGGCAGGGAACUAAGAUUGAUAAGGUGCUAAAUUUCGCAAUUGAUGAUGCCAUUUUGGAAGAGAGGAUUACUGGUCGUUGGAUCCAUCCUUCAAGUGGUAGGACCUACCACACAAAAUUCGCACCUGCCAAAGUUCCGGGUGUUGAUGAUGUCUCAGGAGAGCCUCUAAUUCAACGGAAGGAUGAUACUGCGGAGGUUCUUAAGUCAAGGCUGGAGGCAUUUCACCGGCAAACUGAACCCGUCAUAGACUAUUAUUCCAAGAAGGGUGUAGUUGCAGAUCUCCAUGCAGAGAAGCCCCCUAAAGAGGUCACUACCGAGGUUCAGAAAGUCCUAUCUUCUUAAGAAGUCUUCCAUGACUUUAUUUUUCAGGCACAAACCUGUAAAACGGUGUCUUGUUGCAUCGGUUUUAUAUUCUGGUUUUUUUCUUUCCUUCGUCUAGUCCAUUCGUACUAUUUUCAUUGCUUUCGGCGUCUCAUUUGAGUUUCAGAGAAAUUAUGUUAUUGUCACAAAAUAAAUCUCCAAUUGGUGUGAGAAGUUUUGUAAUCUAAUGGAAGAUUACUUUGUUUAACUCCAAAAUUUUAUGAAUUUCUGCUCAUUUUUAUUA